AUGCUGAAAGGAAAGAAGGCCAAGGGGAAGAAGGUGGUUCUGGUCCCUGCUGCUGUGAAGAAGCAGGAGGCCAAGAAAGUGGUGAAUCCCUUGUUUGAGAAAAGGCCUAGGAAUGUUGACAUUGGACAGGACAUCCAGCCCAAAAGAGACCUCACCUGCUUUGUGAAAUGGCCCCGCUAUAUCAGAUUGCAGCAGCAGACAGCCAUCCUCUAUAAGUGGCUGAAUGUGCCUCCUGUGAUUAACCAGUUCAUCCAGGCCCUGGACCAGCAAACAGCUACUCAGCUGCUUAAGCUGGCCCACAAGUACAGAACAGAGACAAAGCAAAAGAAUAAGCAGAGGCUGUUGGCCCAGGGCUGA